UCUCAUUCUUCAAUUCGUCUCUCGUAAGGUUUACUCCGUCUCUGAAAAUGGCGGCAACUCCAAUUACUCUCUAGGGUUUCGAUUUUUUUUUCUUUAAUUUCCAUUCUCUGCAACCAUGUUCGGAACUCCUUCCUCAACGCCGGCAUUCGGAACUCCAUCAUCUACACCAGCAGCAUUCGGUGCCCCAUCAAUGACGCCUCCAUUCGGAACUCCAUCUUCCACACCUGCAUUCGGAACUCCAUCCUCAACACCCAUGUUUACCCCUUCCGUAACCCCAUCAUUUGGAGCACCCUCUACCCCUUCUUUCUCUACAGGUUUUGGUUCAUCAUUAUUCUCUACACCCUUCUCUCAACAGCAGCAAGCUUCUCCUUUUCAGCAGCAGACUUCCGGUUCUUUCGGAUUCCCCUCUUCGUUUGGUGCGACACCGCAGCAGCAGCAGCAGCCCGCUCAAUCAACACCUUUUGGUCAGUUGCCGUCUGCUACUUCUCUUCCAUUCGGAAAUGUUCAAUUGACCACCCAGAUGGCUCCUGUGGCGCCCCUUCCUUUCUCUCUUGCCGAUCGUGAUAUCCAAGCAAUCCUUGAAGCUUACAAGGAGGAACCAGGGAAUACUAAAUAUGCAUUUAAGCAUCUAUUGUUCAGUGUAACUGAACCUCAGCACAGAACAAAACCCGCUAUUGUAUCAGACAUCAUGUGGGCAGAAGCAAUUUGUAAGCUUGAUGGUAUGGAUAGUUCUGAUAGGGACCGGCUUUGGCCCCAACUUGUUCAGGGUUUCAAAGAUCUGUCUCUGCGCCUCAAGCUUCAAGAUGAAGUCAUAUUAUCAGAUGCUGAGAGGUUGCGAACAACUCAAAGCAAUGUCAAGAUGCUUCAAAGGCAUGUUCAAGCUGGAACUCUGCCUUGGAUUGAAAGGAUGAGACAGAAAGAGCAAGUUCUUCAAAGGCGCCUCAUAAAGGUAAUGAGAGUAUUAGAAGCUUUGGAGGGAAAAGGUUUCAGGAUGCCUUUAGUAAAAGGAGAAGCAGAUUUGGCUGAGAAGUUGACUUCAAUUACAAGACAGUUGAAGGGAUCUGGAGCAGAACUUUCAAGGAGAGUUCAAAAUCUGCAUAAUAUAGCUAGACUUCAGUCUAGCAAUGGAGUUAUUGGCACUCCGGUUUACCUUCCAGGAUCGACUAAAAUCCAUGACCAGAGUCUUGCUGAUAUGCACGAGGUUCUACAGCAGCAGACGGAAGCCAUUGCGAAGCUCGGGAAUGUGCUGAAGAGAGACAUUAGAGAUAUUGAGAUAAUUAUGGCUGAAGAUACAGAAAUGACUACAGCAGAUGCAAGCUAAACCACUUUUUUUGUUUGUUUCUUUUUUUUUGUUGUUGAAUCUUGGACCCUUUGGUGCUUGUAGAAAAUGAAUCUGGAUAUUUCUUUGUGACUUAUUAAACAUAAAUUAAGUGGCUGGAUAAUUCAUUAUAUAGUUUUUG